UGGCAUAUAGUGCCGAAUCUCUGAUUCCUGAAAAAAUCAAUGAAAAUAUCUCAGCUUAUAUCAAUAAUCCUAUACCCGAGUUACCAAAAGUCGACACUGAGACUAGUUCCAAAAUAAAGAGUGAUCUUCCACGUAGGGAUCCAACACAAUCGCAAUCUGUCUUGAAUCUGCGAUAUCAUGGCUCCCGAGAUCAAGUUGUUGAUCCAAUACGACACCCUGAAUUAUCGUUAGGAUUUCUAGGAAACAAUCUCAGAGGGAACCAGGUUGGACCUGAUAUUAAUAAAAUUUCGAAGCAAAUGCAACAUCACAAAACUGGUCUUACUAUAGGAAUAGGUACUAAUGCCAAUACUCAAGUUCCUGAAAGGCCAUGGAUAGAGCAAGUCAUCAGGAUUGGACGUAAAGAGAUACAUAAUCAACUUAAGGGUAAUACUCACGUUUUCUCUACACAAAGAGAAGGAAAAAUUAAUGAAGUGGCCUCACCUAGUGAAACUACUUAUGCAGGGUACACUAUAAUUCGAAAUCCUAAAGAGUGGCAAAAAAUACUUUCCGGUAGGGAUUAUUGUCCAUAUAAUGAGUUAAUUCGUAAAUAUACUAAUUCUAAUAAUAACGCGCCUUCUUAUCAAUAUGGUAAUACAACUGGUUUACAUACUACUCCCUCAAAAGAUAGAAACAUAAUGUUACAGAAGUCAGAUCAAUCGUGGGGUCUUCAGCAGGACGUUAAUGAGACUAGGCAUAUUCCAUUUGACAUGUAUAUGGUACUUGCCACUAAAGGAAUGGUUCAAACUGAGACUGGAUUUGGUCAAAAUAAAAAUUCCCGAUUAACUAAACCAGGAGGAGCUUCACUUAUGCCUGCUAUGUAUUCUAGAGAACAAAAAGAACUUAUCCCUUCUUCGGAUCCUUAUCCAAUAAGCGAAAUACAACGUGAAGAGCAACAAAGACACCUAUCAUUACAAGGCCUAACUUCCCAUGCUGAAACAUUCUGGAGACCAAUUCUUACUUCAGACAUCUACCCAAUAAGUGAGAUGCAACGUGAAGAACAGGAAAGACAUUUGUUAUUGCAGGAUAUAACAUCUCAUACUGGAACGCUUCGGAAACCAAUUCUACCAGACGAUCUGAAAUUUCUUUAUUGGGAACAGCAAGAAGAGCAAAAUCGAGACGUAGGUUCUUCUUUACAAGAAUCACAUCUGACUAAAGGGGUAUUACCAGCUAUAUAUCCAGAAAAAGCAGUACAGGGUAGUCUAAUUACUAAUACAUUUCCUAAUGCACAUUUAACAAAUGUCGCCGGGAUAAUUCGAUCACUUCGAACUGGAGAUGAUAUGCGACAUAUAUCAGGACUAGGUUUUUUUGAUUCAAUUAGACAUCUUGCUACUUCAGAAAGAUCCGCUCCUUCGCAAAAAAACCCAACUUUCUCACAUAAACAAAAAUUCAUACGGCAUUUAAAUCAGGUAUUACCUAAAUCUGCUAGAGCCGAUAAUUUUAAUAUUCAUGUUUAUACUAGACUACUACUUCCUGAAUGGCAAAAUCAUAUUGACGAUGCAACGAUUUUGAGAAAUUCAGAAGAAACUGUCUUCAGAUCUGAUGCAUCUGGAGGCUAUGGUACUGCUCCUACUGGACCUAAAACUUUACGCGCAUACAAAGAAA